GAGAAGCCGCCGGUGCCCCGCGGGCGCGGCAGCGCUGCGCUCCCGGCCGCAGCAGCAUUUCUGCCAUGGAGCAGCAGCAGCCCCCUGUCCCAGCAUGACAGAGCAAGUCCUUGAGGCACAGCACGUCCAGGCCCAGCAGAAGACACGAGGGAGGAGGUCAGGACGUGUGGAGCUCCUGGGCUGGUCAGAAGGCACGCUGUGAAAGGUAAAUGGGAGAUUUGGAGACUAGCUUAAUCCAUGCACGAAAAGCAUGUAGAAUAGAGCAAAUGGUAGCAAAAUGGCUUCAUCGCUCUCGGGACAGCGCACCCAGGGGCAGCGUGGCAGCGAUGGACAGCGCUGGGGACAGCCCAGCCCAGCCCCCCGGCCGGGCCAAGGUGACAGUGACGGUGUACAAGGACCUGGUGCUGCAGCACUACGGCUUCGAGAUCUGCCCCGGGCUGCCCCUGACCAUCGCCUCCGUCACGGCAGGCAGCACGGCCGACGGCAAGCUGCAGCCGGGGGACCAGCUGCUCUCCAUCAACUCCAGCGCGGUGGACGGGCUGUCCGUGGAGCGGGCCGCCAGCCUGAUCAGGGACGCCGGGGACGAGCUGCUGCUGACCGUCCUGCGCUGCGCGGCCGGCGGCCCCAAGUCGUCGUUCCUGACCGAGGAGAAGAGGGCCAGGCUGAAAACCAACCCGGUCAAAGUGCGGUUUGCCGAGGAGGUGCUGCUGAACGGGCACUCGCAGGGCAGCUCCCUCCUGUUCAUGCCCAACGUUCUCAAGGUGUACCUGGAGAACGGACAGACCAAGGCGUUCAGGUUUGAGAGCAGCACCACUGUGAAGGACAUCGUGCUGACGCUGCAGGAGAAGCUGUCCAUCCGCAGCAUCGCGCACUUCGCGCUGGCGCUGGAGGAGCAGUACAGCCUGGCCAAGAUCCACCUGCUGCACGAGGAGGAGCUCAUUGCGCAGGUGGUGCAGAAGAGAGACUCUCACGACUACCGCUGCCUCUUCAGGGUGUGCUUUGUGCCCAGGGACCCCUUGGACCUCCUGCAGGAAGACCCGGUGGCCUUUGAGUAUCUGUACCUGCAGAGCUGCAGCGACGUGCUCCAGGAGAGGUUUGCAGUGGAGAUGAAGUGCAGCGUGGCGCUGCGCCUGGCCGCCCUGCACAUCCAGGAGAGGAUCUCUGCCUGCGCCCAGCCACAGAAGGUGUCCCUGAAAUACAUCGAGAGGGACUGGGGCAUCGAGAACUUCAUCUCGCCCACCUUGCUGCGGAACAUGCGGGGCAAGGACAUCAAGAAAGCCAUCAGCUACCACCUGAAGAGGAACCAGGUGCUGCUGGACCCUCGGCAGAAGCAGGCGCCCGCCGCGGCCCAGGUGCGCCUGAGCUACCUGCAGAUCCUGGGGGAGCUGAAGAUGUACAGCAGCAUGAUCUUCAACGCCACCAUGAUGCUGCAGGACAGGGAGUCGUACGUGGCGCUGCUGGUGGGCGCCAAGCACGGCGUGAGCCAGAUCGUCAACAGCAAGCUGAACAUGGUCAGCAGCCUGGCCGAGUUCCCCAGCAUCAGCAGGGUGGAGCUCAGCGAGGACUCCGAGCGCGUCAGCACCGUCAAGAUCUACCUGCAGGACCUGAAGGUGCUUACUCUGCUGCUGGAGUCAAACAGUGCUAAGGACUUGGUCUGCCUCAUCGCGGGCUACUACCGGCUCCUCGUGGAUGCAAACGCCUCCGUGUUCACCUGGGGAGAGAAAAAACAGCAGCUGCACCGUGUCUCGGCUGAGGAAGGGUACGAAUCGCGAGCCUGCAGCGACUCGGAGGAUUCCUGGGAGCCGGAGCCCGGCUCGGAGCGGUGCCCGGCCGGCCCCGGGGCCACCGGCGGCGACCCCGGCACCGACAGCGCCUCCGAGGCGUCCGACUCGGCGCGCACCGAGAGCCGCGGCUGCAAGACGAGCGGCUCCAGCGAGUCCGUGGAUGCCUGCGGGCUUGCGGGGACCGAGCCUUGGGGGUACGAAUCGCGAGCCUGCAGCGACUCGGAGGAUUCCUGGGAGCCGGAGCCCGGCUCGGAGCGGUGCCCGGCCGGCCCCGGGGCCACCGGCGGCGACCCCGGCACCGACAGCGCCUCCGAGGCGUCCGACUCGGCGCGCACCGAGAGCCGCGGCUGCAAGACGAGCGGCUCCAGCGAGUCCGUGGAUGCGCUGGAGGAAGAGGAGCUGGGAGCGUGCUCUUCCUCCCGGGCGGAGCUGCCCCCCGUGCGGGAGAUGAGCGGCGCCCACCGGGGCAGCGGGGGCUGCUCCUGCUCCCUGCCGGUGCCGCCGGCGCCCCGCGGGCUGUGCUGCAGCCGGGACAGCGAGCCGGUGCUGCGGCCGCCGCCGGGCUUCGGGGACUCCAGCUCCGAGGAGGAGUUCUACGACGCUGCCGACAGGCUCAGCCCCGCCGAGCUGGCAGGCCACGACACAGCGUCCUGGGAGGGCACGGAGCACUCCUCCUGCAUCCCCCAGAGGCUGCGGUGCUACAGCCUGGGGCAGAACCCCGCCAGGAGGGAGAAGCAGGGCCAGGAGAAGGAGCUGACCUGCAGCAAGAGCCUGAGGAAGAGAAGGUCCUUCCUGAAAACUGACUACACCUCGCAGGUCAGUUUCCCUGCAGCUGCCCCAGGCUCUCCCCAGCGCUGCUGCUCCUGGCCGCCCGCGCAGCCCCCGACAGAGGACACGGGGGAGGACACGGAGAGGGGGCUGGCCGCAGCCCCCCGGGCCCAGGGGGGCUCUGCUGGCGCAGACCCCUGCUCUGCCCCGCGGCACACCGAGCCUGACACCACGGAGACGAAGUCGGCGAUGGAAAGGCUGGUCGCCUCCCUGCUGGACGUUCACCCUGCUGGUGGCCAGUGUGGGGAGCAGGACAGCAGCCCGCAGCCACAGCAGCCCCCUUUGCUGGCCCCGGAGCCCCCUCCCCGCGGCCAGAGUGGAGCUGCCCAGGAGAGCGCCCCGGGGGAGGCAGACCCCGGCAGUCCGAGCGGGGAGAGCCGUGUGCCCGCUGCAGGGCUGCAGGAGCAGGGCGCUGAGCUGCCGGGCACGCAGCCCCGGGCCGGCGCUGCGCCCUGUGCUGCUGCGGGCCCCUCCGACCAGCCCCUGCUGCUGCCGCCGGCCCCCGGCCCCGGCGCGGCCCCUCCCCGGCAGCCCACCCAGCACCCGGGGCUGCUCCCUGCCGGGCUGGAGCCUUCCCUGGCCCCCUGGCAGGACAGCAACGCCGAGGGCCACCGCUGUGGCAGCGGCAAGGGCAGCGCUGAUGGUCACGGCAGUGCUGAUGGUCACGGCAGUGCUGAUGGUCAGUGCCAAGGUGAUGGUCAGGGCAGUGUCCAUAGUCAGGGCAGUGCCCAUGCUCAGGGCCAUGGUGAUGGUCAGUGCCAAGGUGAUGGUCAGGGCAGUGCCCAGGGUCAGUGCCAUGGUGAUGGGGUGUGCCAUGCCCAGGGUCAGUGCCGUGCUGAUGGUCAGGGCCAUGCUGAUGGUCAGGGGAGUGUCCAUGCUCAGGGCCAUGGUGAUGAUCAGUGCCAUGGUGAUGGUCAGUGCCAUGGCAAUGGUCAGUGCUGUGCUGAGGGUCAGGGCAGUGCCCAGGGUCAGGGCAGUGCCCAGGGUCAGUGCCAUGGUGAUGGUCAGUGCCAUGGUGAUGGUCAGGGGAGUGUCCAUGGUCAGGGCAGUGCCCAUGCUCAGGGCCAUGGUGAUGAUCAAGGCCAUGGUGAUGGUCAGUGCCAUGGCCAGGGCCAGUGCCAUGUCAAUGCUCAAUGCCUUGCUGAUGGUCAGGGCAGUGCCCAUGGUCAGUGCCAUGGCAAUGGUCAGUGUCAUGGUGAUGGUCAGUGCCAUGACAGUGCUCAGUGCCAUGCCCAGGGUCAGUGCCAUGGUGAUGCUCAAUGCCAUGGUGAUGGUCAGGGCCAUGGCAAUGGUCAGUGCUGUGCCCAGGGUCAGUGCCAUGGUGAUGCUCAAUGCCAUGCUGAUGGUCAGGGCCAUGGGAUGCUCAGUGCCAUGGUGAUGCUCAGUGCCAUGCUCAGGGUCAGUGCCAUGGCAAUGGGUCAGUGCCAUGGCAAUGGUCAGUGCUGUGCCCAGGGUCAGUGCCAUGCUGAUGGUCAGGGCCAUGCUCGGGGUCAGUGCCGUGCCAGCAGCAGCUGCGAGGCGGCGGUGUCCCGGCCCGUGUCCCAGCCCCUAUCCCAGCCCGUGUCGCACCCCGUGCUGUCCAGCAGCGGGCCGGGGAGCGGGCAGACCCUGCGGAAGGGGCUCGGGGGGCAGGCGCGGCUCCCGCACCCAGCGCAGCUCCUGGCCGGCUGCAGCAGCGCCUCGGGGCUGCUCAGCCGCCUCUCCUGGCUCUCUCUGGGGGUCAGGACAGACCCCGUGCCACUCAGCGCCGUGUCACACGGCCUGCAGGACCGCGGGCACGACCCACUGCAGGCAAGCCGCGGGUGCCUGGGGGCCGGGGCGGGUGGCAGGACGCUGCCAGCAUCCCCUGCAGGAGCGGGCUCUGCCCGGGAGCUGCUGAGCAGCCCUGGGCAGGGCGCAGGGCAGCCAGGAGAGCCGAGACAUGAGCCCCAGCAGCAGACCCAAGGAGACCCAAAAAACGAGCCCCAGCCUGCACAGGGUUGUCUGCCCAGAGAGCAGGCGGCGGGGCUGGGGAAGGACUGCUCCCUGCCUGCACCUGCAGGGCUUGCCACCUCCUCAGUUCCCUUGGGGCAAGGAGCAGGAGCCCAGGGGGCUGCACAGCACUCGUUCCUGUGCUUUACCGCCGAGCAGGGUGAGCAGACCCCGGUGUCCCCCGCGCCCUGCCCAGCCCCUGCAGGGCUGGAGCGCUGCGGCUGCCGCCUGCCCUACCUCAGCUGCUUCCCGCAGCCCCACAGCCGGGGGGAGCGCGAAUCCAGCCCCCCCGAGCUGCCAGGGCCCCUCACCGCCCCGCCAGCCCGCAGCUGCAGCGCUCCCGGGAGCGCCUUCCCUGUCCCUGUCUCUGGGGACACGGCGGGGCAGGACCCCCACGUCCGCGUGCUGGGGCAGCUGAAGGACCAGGCGUGGGUGAGCCCCGCGGAUUUCUCCCACUUCCUGGCCUGCACCGUGGAGCUGCGGGAGGUCGUGGGGAAGCUCUGCGGCAGCCAGGCCACCCACCUGCACCACCAGUGCGCGGAGCAGGGCGUGCAGAGCCAGGGCGCGCUGGGCUGGGCGUCCCAGGCGCUGCUGUCCAGCUGCCGGGCGCUGCUGAGCCCGGAGCAGCCUGCCGCGGAGGUGCAGUGCGCCCUCAGGGCCACCUUCGACCGGCUGGUGCAGCUGGCAGUGACCUGCUUCCAGGUGACACACUGCCGGCGCUGCGGGCAGCGGCAGCAGGAGCUGGCGGCGGCGCUGGGGGACGUGGUGGGCACCUACCAGCAGCUGGUGCAGGCCCUGCAGCAGCAGCUGCACGGGCAGCUCUGCCCCGAGCUGGGCACCGAGCUGCUGGCCCGCCAGCACACGGCCCUGGCCGCUGCCAUCUUCUGCCUGCUGCAGCAGUUCAGGGCGUCCCCGUGGCUGUGACGGGCAGGGUGGGCGCACACGAGGGGACAGAGGCCCGGGGUGUGCCCUCUGCCAGCUCAGGCCGUGCCCCAGGCGAUGUUUAGCCCAGGGUGGGACGUGCCCACACGCUGGUGCGGCUCCCCAAGGGCAGCCCCGGGUGCUCUUGGAGCCCUCCAGCGUGUGUGCCCUGCCCCGGGCUCGUCCCCUGGCUGGCACGGGAGGUGCAGGUGGUCAGCCUGGCGGUGUUCUCUCAGCUGCCUUCCCCGUGGGCAGGGGGGGAGCCCUUCAGCCUGCCUCAGCCACGCUGCUCGGCAGGCAGGCUGGGCUGAGGGGACACCAACCCCUACCCCGGCCGAAUGUGGGGCACCCCAGGUGGCUCUCUGCCCCUCCCAGCAGGUGCCACUCACCUGGCCAGGGACAGGGCACAGCCACCCCUCCUGCUGACACCCCCCUGGGGGUACUGGGGCUGGCCGCCCCUCCCCAGGGAGCUGUGGGGCACCGUGGGCUGCAGUGACAGCACCACCUCUCCCCAGGCACGCUGGGGACAGCGCUGUCCCCUGGCUCUGGGACACUGAAGGGGAUCAUCUGCACAUGCAGCUGCCAAGAGCCCCAGGGCACAGCAGCGGGCACUGGCCAGCACAGCUCCUGCCAUGGCUGCAGCUCAGGUUCAGCCCUGGCCUGGGUAAACCCCCGGCGCUCCUGCACUGUCACACGCGCUCGGACACAAGCCCCAGGGCUGUGCACGGGUUUGCCUGUGAGACAGGAAUGAAAACACAUAACCAAACUUACCUCAGAUGGCCUCCAGGCCCUGCUGCCACCGGCCAGGAGGUUUCAGGGCUCGUCUGGCAGCAGUGGCUGAGGUAAUGUGUGGGCUCAGCUGCACCAAACACGCUCCUGC